AUGUACACCUGUACAAUUUCGCAAGCUCAUGCUGCAGUACUGUCCCUUCGCACCCGCAAGAUGCUCAACGAUCCCAGACAUGCUGAUUCAUUCAAACAAAUAAACAGGCAACCCUCAGAUAAAAUAAACACAGCAAAAUACCACGAUGAAGCAGACGCAACCCUGCUGGAUAAACGCCUGAUUGCGCCCCACCUUCACACCGAGCUGUCCCGACCUCGGACUCUGAGGCUCUGCGCGCUCUUGCCGUAUGAGAGAUUCGGUUGCUGGCACUUGGCCCUACUCGCGAUGACUGGCUGGCUGGCUUGCUGCCGGGUAGGGUUGCUAACGGAAUGGGAGGUGUGUUCUCUGCAAUUUGUUAGUUGGUCUGGUGGUCUGUAUGGGCAGUGUCCUCAGUGCGUGGGGAUGGCGCGGUAUGGUGUUAGGGACGGGGUUUGCUGGGUGUGUGGCAUUUGUGGUGGAGUGCGAGGUGGUAGGUGUAUGGUAGUGGGCUAG